GGGCAGUGCUUGUUUUCACACGUUUGCUACCGUGUGGGACCCGCACACAACAUACUAUCCCAUGUUAGUAUAUUGAUUGCACCAGCACAGGACAGAGGACAUGGCUGGACGACGCAAUUUGUUCUUGAUAUUGCUGAGUCUCAACUUAACAGCCGCGCCGGGCUCAGUGGCAGGUACAACAACCAACUCCGUCAGGGACACAUCAACCGACUACAGCACAGCGACAGCUGCUGCAAGUGAGUCCAUCAGGACUACUUCAACCGCACAACCUACAGAGGCUGCAUCCACCUCAGCUACGACAUUCGAAACAACACGGCAGACAGCGCCGGCCUCAGUGGCAGGUACAACAACCAACUCCGUCAGGGACACAUCAACCGACUACAGCACAGCGACAGCUGCUGCAAGUGAGUCCAUCAGGACUACUUCAACCGCACAAUCUACAGAGGCAACCUCAGCUACGACACUCAAAUUAACACGACAGACAGCGCCGGCCUCCAGCACAGCGAGAGCUAAAACAAGCGAGUCAACCAGUACUAUUUCAACCAAACCAUCUACAGAGGAUGAAGCCACUUCGGCCACACCUACAACAUCUACAGAGGCAUUCUCAACUACUACACUCGAAUCAACACGACAGACAGCGCCGGCCUCCAGCACAGCGAGAGCUAAAACAAGCGAGUCAACCAGUACUAUUUCAACCGAACCAUCUACAGAGGAUGAAGCCACUUCAGCCACACCUACAACAUCUACAGAGGCAUUCUCAACUACUACACUCGAAUCAACACGACAGACAGCGCCGGCCUCCAGCACAGCGAGAGCUAAAACAAGCGAGUCAACCAGUACUAUUUCAACCAAACCAUCUACAGAGGAUGAAGCCACUUCGGCCACACCUACAACAUCUACAGAGGCAUUCUCAACUACUACACUCGAAUCAACACGGCAGACAGCGCCGGCCUCCAGCACAGCGAGAGCUAAGACAAGCGAGUCAACCAGUACUAUUUCAACCGAACCAUCUACAGAGGAUGAAGCCACUUCAGCCACACCUACAACAUCUACAGAGGCAUUCUCAACUACUACACUCGAAUCAACACGACAGACAGCGCCGGCCUCCAGCACAGCGAGAGCUAAAACAAGCGAGUCAACCAGUACUAUUUCAACCAAACCAUCUACAGAGGAUGAAGCCACUUCGGCCACACCUACAACAUCUACAGAGGCAUUCUCAACUACUACACUCGAAUCAACACGGCAGACAGCGCCGGCCUCCAGCACAGCGAGAGCUAAAACAAGCGAGUCAACCAGUACUAUUUCAACCGAACCAUCUACAGAGGAUGAAGCCACUUCAGCCACACCUACAACAUCUACAGAGGCAUUCUCAACUACUACACUCGAAUCAACACGACAGACAGCGCCGGCCUCCAGCACAGCGAGAGCUAAAACAAGCGAGUCAACCAGUACUAUUUCAACCGAACCAUCUACAGAGGAUGAAGCCACUUCAGCAACGCCUACAACCUCUACAGAGGCAACCUCAACUACUACACUCGAAUCAACACGGCAGACGGCGCCGGUCUCCAGCACAGCGAGAGCUAAAACAAGCGAGUCAACCAGUACUAUUUCAACCGAACCAUCUACAGAGGAUGAAGCCACUUCAGCCACACCUACAACAUCUACAGAGGCAACCUCAGCUACUACACUCGAAUCAACACGGCAGACAGGAUAUUCUACGUCAUACCCCUGGACAUCUAGAUCGCCUUCGCUGACAUCUUCCUCUAAAACAGAGGUGCAUACAUCAGGUACACCUACGUCUGAGACAGCAACAUCGUAUACAACGACCGCGUCCCCUACAACAGAUGUAUAUACCACGUCAUCUUCAGAGAUAAUUACAUCAUCACCAGCAAGCGUCACAGCAGGUAUGUUAAUCAAACUACAUACACACUCUCAGGUAAGCAUGUAUACAUGUUAGGUUACUUCACUGAAAUAUUACAUCGACUGUACAUAAAUAUAUAUCAUAUAUAUUAUAUAUCAUGCGAUAAAUGUAUCAGUUUGCUAACUCUCAUUUAACAUUCAUAUUAUGUUCAUAUGUAAUAUGUUUCAUAUGAACGUCUCAUGCCAUUACAUGUCUUAUAGCUUUCAGUUCCACUGGUACAUUGCUAAAGCAAUAAUAAUAAUAAUAAUAAUAAUAAUAAUAAUAAUAAUAAUAAUAAUAAUAAUAAUAAUAAUAUAUAAAUAAAAUAUUAUGGAUGUCAACUUCUUUAUUAUGAGGAACACGACGUUUCGGAGUAUAUGCUUACUCCUUCAAUAGGCUGAUGAAUGCCAUACCAUGCAGAGACCAUAUAUAUGUACAUGUAAGGACACCAAAAUUAAUAAGAUAAGAAAAGGUGGAAAAUAACAAAGGGUAGACACUUACAAGGGAAGCCAACAUAUGAUUAGAAACAGACAAUGGAAGCCAACCGAAACGUUGUGUUCCUCAUAAAAAGAAGUUUACAUCCAUAAAUUAUCUUCCUUAUGUGUAUGACUUCUAAAUGCCUUUCAAAGACCUGAAAGUCUUUAUUGUCUGUAACGACGUUUCAGGGAUGCUUCUUUUCCCUUCAUCACCGGCUACAACAACGCCAUUCGUCUGAUAAAGGGCCAAGGAGUAACCUUGAAAUGACGUUACAAACAAGAAGUUGUUUUCUGCCUUCGUGUUACUAUUGAAUUGUUGUUGUCGCUUGUUCUAAAUGUCAAUUAAAGAUUUUUAACCACGUGUGUUGACCCCUAGAAUGGUUUAUGUAUUUGUAUGAAUGCAAUGCUGUAUAUCUGUACAUUUGGAAUGAGUGGUAUGUUGGGCAUGAUUGAAGUGUGCAUUACGUGCCAGUAGUGAGAUGAGCGGUGUCCGGGCAGGUUAACAAGUCCAUCCUGACAAUGUCAUGCUCCACCCAGUUAAAGGUGAGUGUUUCAGUAUCCCGUCUGAAGCUUCCCUUGCUGACAGCCAUGAGCGGUAAGUGGAAUGGUAGGUAUGAUAAACCAAAACGCAGUAACCAGGUGUGUACAUUUAUGUAUACGUGUCCGUAAUCAGUAUACAUGGACCUUGUCUAAUCUGGCAUCGCGCAGAAACGGAAAUGAUGCCGGUUAAGACAGGGAGACGGGCUUCUCAGAGUUUGUCCCCCGAUAGUCAUUUCUAGGAGGUUGAACUUUAACUUUAACUGGGAACUUUAAAAGGGAUAAUCAGACAUGUCAUUCUGUAAAAACAAUUAAAUAAAUUAUACAUUUCACAUUUUAUGAGAAUCCAUUUUGUGUAUCACUGAAAUAUGAAAAGAUAUCCAUCACAGUGGAGUAGUGUAUGUAAAAUUGUAUAUUGGUAUCUGCGUGUUGAUAUGCAGCGAAACCCCUAUAGUCUGGACACUGUUAGUUCAUAAACCUAAUGAUAACUGUAUACCUUCUCUAUACGAUUUAAGGACCAUUCAUUAAUCCGGACGACUUUAUUGCUGACCGUGCUGAAUAAUGGGGUUUCACUUUAAAUGUGACGUCUACUAGUAUUCUUUAUACGUCCCUCACUCACUCUAGGGUGAUCGUCGUCCUAGUAUAGCCUAGAUGUAUGUGUACUACUGCAUGUACUUUGUCCUCAGGUACUGAAGCUUUUUGUUAUUUUAGAUGUGUAACCCAAGAAUAUUUUCUCAGAAAAAGAAGGGAGUUGGUGUAAUAUAAUAAUAAUGUAUUGACUGAACUAAGACGCCACAGGUCCAUACAAUUUUACAUAUUUUCAAAAAGUAUGCGUUUUAUCUGAGCAUAUUUUGUAAUAUUCAUUUUCUGUAGACAUAAGCAUUAAAAUAUAAUACAUUAUAUGUCAUAUGUCAGAUAAUAUGUAUAUUACCAAUGACAAUAAUUGUGCUUUUAUUACAUAAUGGUAAUUGUUACAUAAUGAUUACAUAAGGUUAAAUUCAUAUUCUGCGCUCUUCAACGUACAUGUACAGUUGUUCAGGGUUCCACUGUAUUUACUUUUAUAAUGCAUUAGGUCAUAUUAUCCUGACUGCAACUAAUGCUAUAUAAAUAUUUAAUAUCUGGUUUAAAGGUCCAAACGCCGAACUACAAAUACAUACAGUGUCCAGGUAUGAAGGGUCCUUACUCGUGAAGCAAGAGGUGAUAGUGAAGCAGUACAAACACCCGGUGCAACAUCGGACGCAGUGACACCCUCAUUGUGCAUAGCCCUGUCCAAAGACAACACGACUUGGUACUGGAGACAUGUAGACACGCCGUGAACACCUGGUGUCUCAAUUUAGACAACACAUUGAUGCAGGAAGACAUGUUGUUGGCACCUGGUGUCACGUGAGAUAGUAUGGCUCGGUACUGGAGACAAGCCGUUGGCACAUGGCGUCACACGUGAGACAACAUGGAGACACGCCAUAGACACCUGGCCACGUGUGCUAUAUAUGUUUGGUUCAAAUGGAUUACCCUGUGUUGUAAGUGCAAGGCCUCCCUACCUCAAACAUAAACCUGGUUAUGUGCUUAUGUAACUGAGAAGACUCAGCCAAGGAAUGGCUGGUUGUAUAUGUGGGUGAUACCAUUUCAAUGAAGAGGCAGGAAGCAAGUGCAGUGUAUUCAACCUUGUCUUAUGUUUGUUUUAAGCUGUCUGCAGGCUGGGGUGUCUACAAAUGGGGAGCCACCGUCGUCUCAUCUGAGACAUUCUGAGCCAGCACGGCUUCAUGGUGGAGACACGUAAUGAAACCUGGGGUCUCUUUAUCUUGUGAUUACAGGACUCUUUAUCAGUUGUCCAGUGACCUUAACUAAACAGGGGCGCAUCUUCAGCUACCUUGACCAACGCACACUCGAGAUACGACUGAAAAUGCAUGCUGGUCUGUUUCGAAACACCUGCGUCAUCAGUGAUUUACUGUGAUCCACUUGGGUUUCCAUGACAACUUUCCUAGCAGCAUCACGGACACCCGUCAUUGUGGACACCUGCCAUUACGGACACUCAUUGCGAACAACUGUUAUAACGGACACUCGUAGCGGGCACCUGUCUUUUCAGACACUCAUUGCGGACACCUGUCAUCACGGACAAUCAUAGAGCGCACCUGUCACCGCAGAUGCCUACAGUGUGAGCGGCACAUCUCAUCUAACUGUUCUGUGACCUGGACUUAUAGUUAACUCACAAGUAAAACUGGUGUAUAGUACAAGCGACUGGCCAUACUCUAAAAGUGCCCCCAUCCAUAAAUUAUUGAAGUAA